GCCUUCACUAUCUGUUACAAAAUCUGUUGAAGAUGAAGGUGCUGCACAUAAGACCUUCGACGAUGAGGACUUUGAUAUACUCGAAGUGGCAUCUUUCUGGAAUAAAGGCAAAGCCCUCGUCAAAUCAAAGAAGUCACAGUCGGAGAAUGUGCCUUUAAUUGAGGAUGACUUCAACGAUAAGGCGUACGAGCAAUUCAUUGAGUCGGGCAGAACUGUUGUCGGGCCAUUCAAGACGAAGGAAGCGAUCCCCCGUAACUAAUAUGGGUUUUACAAGUUUAUUUUUAGCAACACGUUAGAUCCGGGGUAAGUAAAUGUUAUUUUCGUAUUUCUCAUUAUGAUAUACUUGUAGAAAUUUUUAAUAACAGUUACAUUGAUUACAAUUGAAUCAGAUAUGUGCUUGCGAAAUUUCGAAAGUUUGAAGUGGAUAGGAGGUGCAUGGCAUCGUUGCGACCGUUGCGAGAAGUUGAGGGAUCCAUCAUUGACUGUUUUUCUAUACUAAUGAACAAGUACGAACGUGAUAGUCGAUUACCUGACCAACCUCGUGUUUGGUACAUGCCCACUCGCAUCUCGCAAAAAACUCUCGGUUCGUUUAAUGUGAAGAGGAUUGCGAAAGACCGGGAGUGGUCAAAACUGUUUUACGAAGACAACUUCGAAAAAUGCGUCAAGAUGUUUGUGCCGGUGUUGACUCUAGAAGGUGCACCACAUUGGUUUGGUGCCGAAGUAAAUAUGAAGUCGAAGGUUGUCUCAUUUAUGGACUCCCUACACACCGCAAUGAAUGAGAAGUAUCGUGUGGAGGCUACGAAAGAAAUGUUGUCGACGUUGGACCUUUUGUUUGAGGAGAAUAGGUCGAAGAAUGUGACUUUCGUGGAUUUCAGAAUUGACAGGAAAGAUCGCGGGCUUCCUCAACAAGACAAUGACCGAGAUUGCGGAGUAUACGUCAUGAAGUACAUGGACGCUGUGGCCAAUGAGGAAGAAGUAGUUGAUGAGUUUCACCCGGUUGAGGCACGUUUGGAAAUCGCUGCGAGGAUCAUAACUGAUGAACAAAAUGAAAUUCGUACCAAAGUGGUUGAAGAUCGUAGGGCUGCACAAGGCAGCUCAUUUGCAUCAUCCUCGGCCCCUUUGCGUAGUCCGUCUAAGUCUCCACGCGAUCCUCGGUUCAGUACAGCGAAGUCUCGCAAUGCAAACAUGUUUCCCCCGUCAAGAGCCUCCCCUAGGCUUCAGUCUACCAAGACUAAGAUUUCAUAUGGUGAAUAGUGUGUGAAAAACACUUGUGUUAUUAAUAGGUUGUGUUAUUAAUAGGUCGUGUUAUUAGUGUGUUGUGUAGUUUGGAUUUGGGAGCAUAGGUUGUGUUAUUUGUGUGUUGUUUAGUUUGGAUUUCGGAGCAUUUGGAUUUAGACAUCUGUUUUUAUUAGUUCACGUUUGGAACUGGUUAUUAUGUUCACAGACUUGUGUUUAUUUUAGUUUUGACAAUAUAUUAAACCAUACUUAGCAAA